GAAGACUAACGCAGCCACAACAUAACCAUAGCAGCUAACUCCUUAGUGACCCACAAAAUAUGACUUCCUAAAUGUGAACAGGAGAAGAACCAAUAAAGCAAAAAAACUGUGAUAACGUUUUUGACAUAGAUGCUGAGAUCAGCCCACCAGGAUGUAUGCUGUACACAGACAAGCCCACACGCCCACAGCAGUGGAGUUUUCUGUCUACUGCAACUUCAUUUCCAGUAAGGAAAAGAAUUUGAUUGUUGCGGGAACGUCUCAACUGUUUGUCUACAGGAUAAUCCACGAUGUUGAGAGUACAUCGAAGACUGACAAGUCCUCAGAUGGCAAAUCUCGUAAGGAGAAGCUGGAGCAGGUGGCAUCCUUUUCUCUCUUCGGCAAUGUUAUGUCCAUGGCAAGUGUGCAGCUUGUUGGAGCGAACAGAGAUGCACUGCUUCUCAGUUUCAAAGAUGCAAAGUUGUCUGUAGUGGAGUACGACCCCGGCACACAUGACCUCAAGACGCUGUCUCUUCAUUACUUUGAAGAGCCUGAGCUCAGAGAUGGCUUUGUACAGAAUGUACAUAUUCCCAUUGUCCGUGUAGAUCCAGAGAACCGCUGCGCUGUAAUGCUCAUUUAUGGCACACGACUGGUGGUGUUGCCGUUCCGGAAGGACACCCUAACAGACGAACAGGAGGGUGGAGUCGGAGAAGGCCCCAAAUCCAGCUUCCUGCCUAGCUACAUCAUUGAUGUUCGCGAGCUGGACGAGAAGCUGUUAAACAUCGUCGACAUGAAGUUCCUCCACGGCUACUACGAGCCCACACUACUCAUCCUGUUCGAGCCCAACCAGACGUGGCCUGGGCGUGUGGCUGUACGUCAGGACACUUGUAGCAUCGUCGCUAUCUCUCUCAACAUCAUGCAGAAGGUCCAUCCUGUCAUCUGGUCUCUGUGUAAUCUGCCUUUUGACUGUACACAGGUCAUGCCAGUUCCCAAACCCAUCGGUGGUGUGGUGGUGUUUGCUGUGAAUUCAUUGCUGUAUCUGAACCAGAGUGUCCCACCGUACGGAGUGUCUCUCAAUUCUCAGACAACCGGGACCACAGCAUUCCCUCUGCGUGUACAGGAGGAAGUAAAGAUCACACUGGACUGUUCCCAGUCUGACUUCAUCGCCUACGACAAGAUGGUCAUCUCUUUGAAAGGAGGAGAAAUUUAUGUGUUGACUCUCAUUACUGAUGGCAUGAGGAGCGUCCGAGCUUUCCACUUUGACAAAGCAGCUGCCAGUGUCCUCACAACCUGCAUGGUGACAAUGGAGCCUGGCUACCUUUUCCUGGGUUCCCGCCUCGGAAACUCCCUGCUGCUGAAGUACACCGAGAAACUGCAGGAGACCCCACCAGAGGAGGGCAAAGAAAAGCAGGACAAGGAAGAGAAGGAAAAAGACAAACCGGAGGAACCACCAAGCAAAAAGAAGCGAAUAGAAUCGUCCGCCAACUGGACUGAUGAGGUGGAUGAGAUAGAAGUGUAUGGAAGUGAGGCCCAGUCAGGCACCCAGCUUGCCACAUACUCCUUUGAGGUGUGUGACAGCAUACUGAACAUCGGACCUUGUGCAAACGCCUCCAUGGGUGAACCAGCCUUCUUGUCUGAAGAGUUCCAGAACAACCCAGAGCCUGAUCUGGAGGUUGUGGUGUGUUCUGGCUUUGGCAAGAAUGGUGCAUUGUCUGUACUUCAGAGAAGCAUCAGACCCCAAGUAGUCACCACAUUUGAGUUGCCGGGCUGCCACGACAUGUGGACAGUCAUCUCAAGCGAGGUCAAGGAAGACAAAAAAGCUGUGAAAACCGACGAGUCAGAGGACAGUGGAGAGACAGAGACUGGUGAGGAUGGUGAAGAGGGAGAAAAAGACGAGGAGAAGGAGAAAGAGGAGGAGGAGGAGAAGACUGAACCUCCUCUGGAGGACGAUACGAAGAAGCACGGCUUUCUUAUUCUGAGCAGAGAGGAUUCAACCAUGAUCCUUCAGACUGGUCAGGAGAUCAUGGAGCUGGACACCAGUGGUUUUGCCACCCAGGGGCCAACAGUGUUCGCUGGAAACAUUGGUGACAACAAGUACAUCAUCCAAGUCUCCCCAAUGGGCAUCCGGCUGCUGGAAGGAGUGACACAGCUCCACUUCAUCCCCGUGGACCUGGGCUCUCCCAUAGUGCAUUGCUCUGUGGCGGACCCUUUCGUGGUCAUCAUGACUGCAGAAGGAGUGGUCACCAUGUUUGUGUUGAAGACUGACACAUACAUGGGGAAGACACACCGGCUGGCUCUGCAGAAACCACAGAUCCCCACUCAAUCCCGCGUGAUCACGCUGUGCGCCUACAGAGACGUGAGCGGCAUGUUCACCACAGAAAACAAAGUGAACUGCUCCAUCAAAGAGGACACGAUGGUCAGGGGUCAGUCUGAAGCAGAGACCAUCAUCCACGACCUCAGUAACACAGUGGACGAUGAGGAGGAAAUGUUGUACGGAGAUUCCAAUGCCAGCGCAGCGCACGCGAGGGACGAAAUGGGCCGCAAUUCGGGGACCCAGGGGCUGUCCGGAAGUGAAGGAAGUUCCAGCAAAACUGACCCCAGCCACUGGUGUAUGAUCAUCAGGGAAAGCGGUGUAAUGGAGAUUUACCAGCUUCCAGACUGGAGAUUGGUGUUCCUGGUGAAGAACUUCCCCGUCGGUCAGAGAGUGCUGGUUGACAGCUCCUCUGGCCAAUCAGCGACACAAGGGGACGGGAAAAAAGAGGAAGUGACACGACAGGGAGAGAUCCCAUUAGUCAAGGAGGUGUCUUUGGUCUCGCUCGGCAACAAUCGCAGCAGACCGUAUUUACUGGUCCACGUGGAACAGGAGCUUCUGAUCUACGAAGCUUUCUCUUAUGAUCAACAGCAACCUCAGAACAACUUGAAAGUGCGCUUCAAAAAAGUGCCCCACAACAUUAACUACAGAGAAAAGAAAUCAAAGGUGAAGAAAGAUAAGAAGGCAGAGAGCGGCGUCUCGGACGAGAGUUCAGUUGCAAAAAGUCGGAUUGCCAGAUUCAGAUACUUUGAGGACAUAUCUGGAUACUCGGGGGUGUUCAUCUGCGGACCUUCUCCUCACUGGAUGCUGGUCACCUCUCGGGGAGCCAUGAGGCUUCACCCCAUGACCAUCGACGGCGCCAUCGAGUCUUUCUCCCCCUUCCAUAACAUCAACUGUCCCAAAGGUUUCCUCUACUUCAACAAACAGGGAGAGCUGAGGAUCAGUGUCCUGCCCACAUAUCUGUCCUACGAUGCCCCUUGGCCAGUGAGAAAAAUCCCACUUAGGUGCACCGUCCACUACGUGUCUUACCAUGUGGAAACCAAGGUGUACGCUGUGUGCACCAGUGUGAAAGAGCUCUGCACCCGCAUUCCCAGGAUGACUGGAGAGGAGAAGGAGUUUGAAACCAUAGAACGAGAUGAACGUUACAUUAAUCCUCUGCAGGACAAAUUCUCUCUCCAGCUCAUUUCUCCGGUCAGCUGGGAGGCCAUUCCGAACACACGGUUCGACCUGGAGGAGUGGGAACAUGUGACCUGUAUGAAGACGGUGGCGCUGAGGAGUCAGGAGACGGUGUCCGGACUGAAGGGCUACAUCGCAGCGGGGACCUGCAUGAUGCAGGGGGAGGAGGUCACCUGCAGGGGCCGGAUUGUGAUCCUAGAUGUGAUUGAAGUUGUGCCGGAGCCGGGCCAGCCCCUCACCAAGAACAAGUUCAAAGUGCUGUACGAGAAAGAGCAGAAGGGUCCCGUGACGGCUCUGUGUCACUGCAACGGAUACCUGGUCUCUGCCAUCGGACAGAAGAUUUUCCUGUGGGUCCUGAAGGACAACGACCUGACCGGCAUGGCCUUCAUCGACACCCAGCUCCACAUCCACCAGAUGUUCAGCAUCAAGAACUUCAUCUUGGCGGCCGACUUGAUGAAGAGCAUCUCGCUGCUCCGCUACCAGGAGGAGAGCAAGACUCUGUCACUUGUCAGCAGGGACGCAAAGCCCUUGGAGGUUUACAGCAUUGAAUUCAUGGUGGAUAACAACCAGCUGGGAUUCUUAGUGUCGGAUAAAGACAAGAACCUCUACGUCUACAUGUAUUUACCUGAGGCUAAAGAGAGUUUGGGAGGUAUGCGGCUGCUGAGGCGAGCAGAUUUCAACGUUGGAGCAAACGUUAACACUUUCUGGCGGAUGCCGUGCAGAGGGGCUCUGGACGCUGGCAGCAAAAAGUCUCUGACCUGGGACAACAAGCACAUCACAUGGUUUGCAACACUAGACGGAGGCGUUGGCUUGCUCCUCCCCAUGCAGGAGAAGACUUACCGCCGACUGCUGAUGUUGCAGAACGCUCUCACCACCAUGCUGCCUCAUCAUGCCGGUCUAAAUCCAAAGGCCUUCAGAAUGCUGCACAGCGACAGACGAGGCCUGCAGAACGCCGUGCGGAACAUCCUGGACGGAGAACUCCUCAACAAGUACUUGUACCUCAGCACAAUGGAGCGCAGCGAGCUAGCCAAGAAGAUUGGUACCACUCAAGACAUUAUCCUGGAUGACCUUCUAGAGAUCGACAGAGUAACUGCUCAUUUCUGAGAGCCACAUUCCCACGUCAUCCACCAAACACUGUUUUAUACUGAAUCAAGAAAAUGUUUUGCUUCUUUUUGUGAAACCUGAUUUGUUUU